AAGCGAGUACUCUUGGAAGUUCCGUCAUGAUGACCGAUGAAAAUAAAACGACCUACACUAGUCCUCCCAACCAUUGUUCUCACGAAAAUAUGGCCUUCAUCAGGCUUUCGUCGUCGCCUAGAAUUCUCAUUCGUCGACCAUCAUUAGCCUUGUCGGCGGCGUUUUCCUCCAAAAUCUUGGACCCGAAAAGCUUCGAAGCCCGGCUGAAAACGAAGCCCAAGGCGUUACCCCGGGCCGCGGACCCGGAUUUGGACGAAAAAUUUGAAAUAGAUACUCCAAAUAAAUUAUUAAAUAUGCCAAGAUUGAUACCGAAAGUUACUGUACAAGAAUAUUUGUGGGCCCAAAAUGCCAAGCUGGCGGAGAGAAGCAUGGUGGUUUGUGCUCUCACGAACAGGAGCUACACCUAUGAAAUGAUUCAUGAAACGAGCAUUUGUCUGGCUGCUGCCUUGCGAGUGAAGAUGGGGCUCGAACGCGGAGCGAAAGUGGCCCUGGUAAUGCCCAAUGUUCCAGAAGUGCUUUUCUUGUUCCAUGCUGUGCUCAUUGCUGGCCUGAUCAUUUUGCCAGUGAACCCAUUGAAGAACAGCAAAGAGCUGGAGUCAGACUUCUCUGUCCUGAGACCAGAGGCAAUAAUUUGUCCCAAUCCCGGGUUCAACAACAUGGACGAAGUCGUCAGUAAACUCGCGAAAACCGGACGAGAACCCAAGAUGAUCCCCAUGUCGCUCAACAUUCACAUGAAAAACACUACAAUAACACCUGGUGCUGGACCCAAGACAACCGUGUUAGCAGGGCCUCAUCGUCGAAAUAUUCCCGACAGCGCGAUUAUGACUGUUCGAGAUCUCAUUGAAGAGGGAUACGACUUGGAGUUGCCGGCGGAUUGCGGCAAAAUCGAGCCGGAAGAUGUCGCUGUUUUGCCGUAUUCCAGCAAGGGUUACGACGUUGCUGGGCAAGACGUUAAUGCUGCUGACGUUUGCGAUUGUAUCAAACUUGAACGUGGAUUUGGAGCACAGCUCGUGAUGAUGCCGUUAUUUGCCCCGGAUUUCUUUGUCAAAACAAUCACUAAAUUCCGGCCGACAAUAUUGGUUUUGUUUCCGACUCUUCUGCAAGUUCUUGUCAAGAAUCCUUUGAUCAAGCCGAAUCAUUUGGCUUCUGUGAAGAUGAUUGCUACCAGCAUUGAACGGAUUCCAAAAGGGCUCAUGAAAACGUUUCGCCGGAAAUUCAAGAGAUACAAUAUUAUUUUCAAGCAUAGUUAUUAUACUGUGGAAUCCGGGAUUGUGUGUUCUGCGCCCAACAGAUUUGUUGAUCAUUUCAAUGCUGCUUCCUUGGGCGGCCCCGUUGCUAACAUGGAGAUCAGAGUAUGGUCGACGAGACGCCAACAAGCAAUUGCGUGGCCGAACAACGAGUUUUCUGGUCGGAUUGAGUGCCGCGGGCCACAAUUGAUGAAACACUACUGGAACUGCGAAAGACCCACGGACUGCAAGUACUUUUCUGGGGACUUUUUCCGCAGUGACGACCUGGGGUACUUCAGCCCUGACGGAGAGCUGUUCCUCAUGGAACGAUUCACUGACAAAUUCGUCCUACACGGCUCGAGUUUAAUUUCUUUAAGAGUGAUCAUAAAACCAGAAAAACUAGAAGCGAUUCUGAAAACCCACCCAAAAAUUGUCGAUGCUGCCAUUUUGGAGGUGUUUUGGCCGGACGUGGGGUUCGUUCCGCGGGCAUUUCUAACCCUAAAGAGCCAGAAGACCAAGGAUUACGUGACCCUGAGUCAGGUUAAUUCGUACCUCAGUGGGAUAAUCAAUGUGGCUAAUCCCCUCCAAGGAGGGGUUCAAAUCCUGGAAAAGAUCCCCAGGCGGGGAGACGGACGUCAAGACACAGCUGAGCUCAAGCGGAUUUACUACAACCUCUCGGGGGCAACUGGCAAAAAGCAACAGCCCAAAAAAGUUGGGAAACAC